AUGAAGGACGACGAUCUGCUCUCAGCACCCUCGGACCAACAGUACGUAAGUCUAGAGCGGACAGCGUCAACAUACACUCCGCUUGCAACGUACAAUCUUCCCAAAGGCGAGAACCGUCACUAUCAGCAACAAUAUGCCGACAUGUACUUUGCACGUCUGGCGCAACUCAAGCCUGCCGUAGAGAAGCUUGCAAGCGAAGCGUGGGCCGAGUUCGAGAUUGCGGGUGAGACUGCGCUACGUAAGGAUCGUGUAUUGGAUGUACGACAAGGUGAACUCUGCUGGGUGGCAGGUACCGUCUAUAUGGAGAUGCCGCUGAAACCAAAUGUGCUCGAAGACAUCGGCAAGGAACACUGGAUUGCUGCCCCGCCUCCACGGAUAAAGUAUGAUUCGGGUAUUGGGCUCGGCAUCAUGCUGGAAGACGAGUCUGGCCGCCUAAGGCUGACCGGUGGAUUUCUGCACGAAUGCCUACUCGUGACAGGUGCUAUCGUGGCCGUUGUAGGCACGGAGAACAAAGAUGGUGAUUUCGAAGUGCUCGAUCUGCGCGUACCCGACUUACCGAGGCAGCCGGUGAGAUGGGAACUUGAAGACGGUAACGGAGCACUGAACGGCAAAGCGACUCAGGAGGUACGACCAACGGCCGGUAAAGUAGCCAUCGUCUCCGGUCUUGCCAUUUCCGGAGACGAAGGCGAUACGCUUCUUCUGGACUUGUUGCUCGAGUAUCUACUUGGCGAGUGUGCCGAACCAUCAAUGCAGGGGGAUGCGGCAAAAGUAUCUCGACUCAUCAUAGCUGGAAAUAGCCUCUCGAACUCUUCCCCAAUCCCAACACGCGAGGAAGUCGUAGCUGCUUCGAAAAAGAGCGGGCGAAAGAUUUACGGCUACGAUAGCUCGUCGUACAACGCCGCACCUACCGAUCGCUUUGACCAAUGGCUUGCUGCUCUUUUGCCAUCGAUGCCGGUCACUCUGCUUCCAGGCGAACAAGAUCCGACAAGCACGAGUUUACCGCAGCCACCAAUCCAUGCUGCGAUGUUCCCACACGCCAGAGCCUACAUGAGCUUGCCACAAGCACGUGAGGAUGCUAGCUGGUUUGACAGCACCACCAACCCAGCCGAGUUCAAUGUCGACGGCUUUCGCUUUCUGGGCACUGGCGGACAGCCUGUGGACGACGUCUAUAAAUACAUCUCUGACUGCGAAGAGCGGUUGGAAAUGAUGGAGGCGAUGUUGCGAUGGCGGCUGACCGCACCCACAGCGCCUGAUACGCUUUGGUGCUAUCCUUUCCAGGACGGCGACCAAUUUGUGAUGAAGGAGUGCCCGCACAUAUUCUUCGUGGGUAAUCAGCCCAAGUUCGAGACCGCCGUCAUCGAGGGACCAGUGGGCCAACAAGUGAGGCUGGUAGCGGUGCCAAAGUUCAGAGACACUGGAGAACUGGUCAUUGUGGACGUCGAGACGCUGGUGCCGGAGGUGGUAAAGUUUGAGAUAUUCGAGGAAGGAUGA